AUGUUCGUCUUUGUUCUCAAUAAUAAAGGGUACCCAAUACAAGUUUUCACGGUAAAUGGCUACUUGAUUAGAGGAAUUAGAAGGGUGGGAGCUUCCGGGUUCCCAAGAAAAUACAAGUGUACCCAGUCGCUUAACAACGAUAGCAAGUUUGACAAGAGCAAGAAUGGUUUGGUGCCCCGAGUGGUUAAUUCAUCAUCACAAGCGAUUACAGGGACUGCCAAAGUGGCAUCAGAGGACAAAAGCAACCACUUAGAUGCCACAAAAAGCCAGCACCAGAGUUGCAUCACAGUGGGUAGUGGUGUAGAUGACAAACUGCCCAUGAUGAGCAGAAUACUCAGCGUGCAACAUAUUGCAGGAAAGCAAGUUGAUUUCGGAUGGCCACUGUGGUUAUCUUCAGCGGCUCCAGAAGCCAUCAAAGGGUGGGUGCCUCGACGGGCAGACUCUUUUGAAAAAUUAGACCAAAUUGGACAAGGGGCUUAUAGCAGUGUGCAUAAAGCUCGUGACCUUGAGACUGGUAAAAUAGUGGCUUUGAAGAAGGUUCGCUUCUCCAGUGCAGAUGUAGAAAGUGUUCGGUUCAUGGCAAGGGAAAUCUAUAUUUUGCGUCAACUUGACCAUCCUAAUGUCAUGAAGCUCGAGGGUCUUGUCACGUCAAGAACGUCCACCAGUUUGUACCUUGUAUUUGAAUACAUGGAGCAUGACCUUGCCGGGCUAUCAACUUUUCAUGGCUUGAAGUUAACUGAACCACAGCAACUGCUUCGUGGGCUUGAACAUUGCCACAGUCGGGGUGUGCUGCACCGUGACAUCAAGGGCUCAAAUCUUCUGAUUGACGACAAAGGAAAUCUUAAAAUUGGAGAUUUUGGUCUUGCAACAGUCUAUGAUCCUGAAAAAAAGCAGCCAUUGACUAGCCGUGUUGUGACUCUAUGGUAUAGGGCACCUGAGCUUUUGCUAGGUGCUACAGAUUAUGGAGCUGCAAUUGACUUGUGGAGUGUUGGUUGCAUUCUAGCUGAAAUGCUAGUGGGGAAGCCGAUCAUGCCUGGAAGAACAGAGGUGGAACAAACACACAAAAUUUUUAAACUUUGUGGUUCGCCAUCUGAAGACUACUGGCGGGGAACAAAAUUUCCUCAUGCAACAAGCUUUAAGCCACAACAACCUUACAACCGCCAAGUUUCAGAAACAUUUAAAAAAUUUUCUUCCUCGGCAUUGGCUCUUGUUGAUAGGCUCCUAUCACUAGAACCAGAAAAUCGAGGAUCAGCAACUUCCGCACUGCAGAGUGAGUUCUUCACUACCAACCCCUUACCUUGUGAUCCCUCAAGUUUACCAAAGUUUUCACCAAGCAAGGAGUUUGAUAUCAAGCGUCGAGCAAAGGAAGCUACAAGGAAAAACUUGGAAGCUGUUAAAGGACGUGCACCAGCAUCUGUUUUAAGGGGACCAGGAAAUACCAAGGGACUGGGUUCACCAGAGUAUUACCCUCAAGGAAAUAUAUCUAUGCGGGACAAACCAAAUAGUAGAAUGCCCCAUCAUAAAUAUCAAACCCAGGAGGAUGGGGAAUCCAACGAGAAGGGUGAAGGAAACAGCGUAAGUAUACACGGUGGCUACAAGCAUUCUGUUUCAAUGAUGCACUGCAGUGUAGCACGAUCAUCCACAGUGAGUAAGAGACUAGAGUCUUUGAAGAAUCAGAGGUCUCAUUUGAAUCAGGAAACAACAGAUUUAUGUACCUCUUUCGUGAAAAAGGAACCAGACUCGUCUGCGCUUGAAUCCGCCACGGAUCAUAUGCCGAAGAAAAAUAGGAUACACUGCUCUGGACCAUUGAUGCCACCGGGUAGCAACAUUGAUGACAUGCUUCGAGAGCAUGAGAAAUUAAUGCAAGAUGUUUUCCGUAGUGUCAAAAAGACCAGUCUGUAA